AUGCGACGGGCGACGGGAAGAAAAGCCCGCAUUCGAAUUCCGGGACGUGCAGUGAACUUUGAGGUUUUAGCACGGGUGAAGGUUUUUUUGUGCGGCUUUGUCGGUGUCUCAGAGCUCUGCGUCGCAACCAUCUUCCAUGCCAGGUGGGAUGAAACGGAUAAAGAUUGGCGGUUUGACCUUCCGAUCAGACCAGAGUGCCUUCGGUCUGUUGCUCGAGAAUUGCACGGCUUGGCUAUUCGGGAGUACAUGCCGACCAUGAAGGCUUGUGCACAGGCUGCAAAGUGGCAGCAGUCGCUGGGAAUCAUGGAAUGGAUUCCUGUUCAGGAAACAUCAAUCUGCAAUGCAGCCAUGAAUGCCUGUGCUCGGGGCCAUCAAUGGACUCGCGCCGUGCAAUUACUGAGCAGUUUUCCCAGCUCCCUGCAGCCGGACGUGGUAACCUUCAACUCCUGCAUCCAUGCGUGUGAGAAGGGCAGUCAAUGGCAAGCUGCUUGCAGUCUCUUCGAAACUCUCCAAUUUCAGAGCUACCAGCCAACUGUUGUUACCUACAGCUCCUUGGUGAGUGCAUGCGCGGCUGGAGAACAGUGGCAGCAGGCGCUAGAGCUGUUCCGGGACUGUCAGGCUCUUGCGCUCCAGGCCAAUGUGAUCCUUUACAGUGCUGCGGUGAGUGCAUGCGAGAAAGGAGCUCAGUGGCAGCAGGCUCUUGGGAUACGUUCAGAGGCAAGCCGGCGAGGCCUGAAGUUGGAUGUGAUCAUUGGCAGCGCCGCUGUGAGUGCCUGCGAGAAGGCGGGGGAGUGGCAGUACGCUCGGCUGCUGCUGCUGGAGCUCCGGGAAGCAUCCACCGCUAACCGCGUUACUUACAAUGCGGUACUUAGUGCAUGUGAGAAAGGUGAGCAGUGGCAGAUGAUCUUGGCCAUUUUGGAAGAGAUGGUCCAACUGACGAUAUUGCCAGAUGCCUUCUCGUACGGCGCCAGCAUCAGCGGAUGCGGAAGGUGCGAGCAGUGGCAGGUGGCUGUGGAUCUGUUGCGGGGCGCGCACCGCAUGAAGUCACUUAAUGUGAUAGCUUACAGUGCCGCUGUCAGCGCGUGUGAGAAGGCAAAGGAGUGGCAGCAGGCUUUGGCACUGUUUGAGGAAGCCCGGGCACAGUCGAUAGAAGCUGACGUGGUUUUGCUCAGUGCUGCAAUCAGCGCUUGUGAAAAAGGGGAGAAGUGGUGGCUGGCCCUGGAGUUGUUCGACUCCUCCCAGGCCAACCUGAUCACAUAUAGUGCUGCGAUCAGCGCCUGUGAGAAGGGGGGUCAGUGGCAAAAGGUGCUGCAGUUGCUGUCGCAGAUGCCAGGGGCAGAAAUCCGUGCAAACACCAUCACUUACAAUGCAGCCAUUAGCUCCUGCAGAGAGGAGGGGCAGUGGCAGAGGGCAUUCCUGCUCUUGGAGGAGCUGAAGUUGCAGCAGUUGGAAUUUGACCUCGUCAGCUGCUACGCUGUCCUGGCCGUUUGCCAGGCAGCCGCGGCCUGGGCCGCAGCCCUGCAGCUUCUGGCAAUCUUGCAGAGAGCCACUUUGGGGCCCGGCGACUUCGUUUGCAUCGCCUCGGCCUUCCAAGCCUGCGUUGCUGCCACGCGAGUCUCUGAGUCCAUUGUCUUUGCAUCCCGCCUGGAGGUGGACACCAUCCUCUUCAACACCUUGCUUAGCGCCUGCGGCAAAGGCUCGCACUGGACUCAAGCGCUUCGCUGCUUCCAGGAGCUGCAGGAUGCAAGCCUCCGCGCGGAUAUUGUCACAUGCAACUCGCUCCUGGUCAUCGUUUCAGAUCCCACGUCCAAUGACGGCUUGGAGGCAGGGAAGCGUUUCAAAUCCGUUUGUGGGUGGGUGGGUAGGCAUGGGAGCUUGCUCGCUACUCACAGAAAUCUGGUGCAGAACAACCAACGGGCCAUGGAGAAGGGCAGUCAGUGGCAGAGCGCUGUGGAACUGGUUUCGUUGUCAGGCGACGCGAGCAUUGAAGCCGAUGUGAUUCUGUACAGCUCACUGGCGACUGCAUGUGGCCGUGGCCAUGCUUGGACGUGGGCAUUGGAUGUGUGGGCUGAUUUGAAGGAUCGCGACCAGUGUGUGAACACCGUCCUUUGUUCGACAUGCAUCAGCGCCUGUGCCUUGAGCAGCCGGUGGAUGCAGGCUCUGGCAUUGCACAAAGAGUACGAUGAGCUGAGUUUGGAGAAGGAUACAGUGGCCUUCGGCGCCAUGCUCAAUGCCUUUGCUAUCGGAGGCUUGUGGCAAGAGGCCAUAUCGCUUCUGACCACGAUGGCCGCGGCAGCAGUUCAGCCAAGUCUGAUCGGCUACAACACAGCGAUCAGUGCUUGCGAGGGCAAAUACCGUUGGGCAGAGGCUCUUCAGCUGCUUGCGAGCUGCUCUCCGGCGGGAUUGCAGGCCGAUAUCGUCACUUACGGUGCCGUGCUCAGCGUAUGUGAGAAGAGCCUGCGCUGGGAAGAGGCUAUGGCUGUGUUGAGGAGUGCCGAAAAGCGAGCAGUGGAUAUCAAUCUCAUCGCCGCCAGUGCUGCCGUAAGUGCCUGCGAGAAGGGCAGCCAAUGGGAGAAGGCCCUGGGGCUCUUUGCAGAGUUCCAGCACAGAGACUCAGGUACCGUCCAAAAGUCAGAGCAAGCCGACAUCGUCGUGUACAGCGCCGUCAUCAGCUCGUGCUCGAAGUGCGCGAGGUGGCAGAUUGCUGUCGGACUGCUGCAGGACUUCGAGCAGGCCGCAGCGGCCCAAAUAGCAAAUGCGCAAACAUACAACGCGGCGAUGCUCGCCUGUGUCACGGGGCAUGCCUGGAGGACGGCUGCGGCACUCGCAUUGCAAAUGGAGCGCCAGCAGGUGGAAACCGACGUGAUUGCUUCCUGUACCCUAGUUGGUGCCUUCGUCGCCGGUGAGCAGCCGGUGCAAGCCGCGGCCUGCAUGGACGUGCUGCACCAUCGAGCACUCGCAGCCACGCCCGCAUGA